AUGAGUAGUCCUGAUAUUAGCUCAAGUUCUACUACUGAUGGGUUUGAUGACUUUACUGUUCCCCCUUCCCAUCCAUUUUAUGUUCAUCCCUCGGAUAGUCCAGGUACUCACCUGGUAUCCCCACCUUUCGAUGGUAGUGGUUUUGUUAUUUGGCAUAAAAACAUGUUGACUGCAUUGUCUGCUAAAAACAAAUUAGGUCUUAUAACUGGUAGAGUCCCAAAGCCUCAAUUUCAUUCUCCAUAUUAUCAGUUCUGGGAACGAUGUAAGGACAUGUUCAUUGCAUGGAUCACUAACUCAUUGUCUAGAGAUAUAGCCAAUAGUGUGAUGUGUUUUGAUAAUGCCAAGGAUAUGUGGGCUGAUAUUAAUGAAAGGUUUGGUACCUCAAAUGGCUCCAAGUACAUUCAAAUUCAAAGGGAAAUCAGUGCUACAUCUCAGGGGUCUUUAGAUAUUGCCACUUAUUUCACCAAACUAAGGGGUCUCUGGGAUGAACUUAGUACUGCAUAUGUAGGACCAGUUUGUUCUUGUGGAGCUUUGCCUAAAUUCAUUGAAGAACAGAAAAUCUAUCAAUUCCUUAGUGGGUUAAACGAGUCCUACUCUACAUGCAAAAGCAAUAUUCUGAUGAUGCCAUCUCUCCCUUCUUUGAGCAAAGCCUAUUCCAUGCUUCAACAUGAUGAGAAACAAAAGGAAACUUCUGCUCCUCUUCCCAACUUCUCUAAUGAUUCUGCUUCUUUCAAUGUUUCAACUGGGCAUAUGAAUAAUCAUAGGGUUUUUCAUCAAAGGGUACAGUUUGACUCAAAAAGAGGUUCUACUUCCACCUCAAAUCUUUCUUGUAAGUAUUGUAAGAAGUCUGGGCACACUGUUGAUAAGUGCUACAAGCUUCAUGGGUUUCCCCCUGACUUCAAAUUUACCAAGAAUAAGAGGUCUGCUACAUGUGUUCAGUCUGAGGGUAUUCUUCCAGACUCUGUUCCUUCCAGCCAUGGCUCUUCUGAAGUUCCUAGUCAUGGGUUUAGUAAAGAACAGUAUCAGCACCUUAUGAAUUUGUUCCAGCAAGUUCACACCUCUCCUGUCUUCCACCAUGAGACUAAUACUGUUGACAAUAUUAGUUUUGCAAAUUUUGCAGGUGUGCACAAUCACCCUGAAGUACAUUCUAGUUCUUUUCAUGCAUGUGCUGUUUCAACUUUAGGCUUAAACCCUUGGAUCAUAGAUUCUGGUGCCACCAAUCACAUGACACCACAUAAACAUCUUCUACACAAUAUUCAGCCAUUAGUUUCUCCUUUUCUGAUAACUUUGCCAAAUGGAUAUAAAGUUAAAGUUAUAUCUACUGGAUCUUUAGUUCUUAGAACAGAUAUGAUAUUACAUAAUGGCCUUUCUCUGAGGAGGCCUUUGGAAAUUGGUAAGGCUGCAAAUGGACUGUACUUCUUACAUUCAGCUGAUCCACAACUCCCUACUCCUAUUCCUUGCUGUAUUUCUAAUUCUGUUCAUAGUGAUAUUUCUGCUCUUGUUUUCAAUUCUUCUGAACCUUCUGUAAUUCAUAGUUCCACUUGUAGUCCACCUACUGUUGCUAAUAAAAGUGAUUUGUUUUGGCAUCAAAGGUCUGAUAAUGCAUAUGAAUUAGGCAGUAGUACUGCAUCUCAACAAUUCUUCACUGAUAAUGGGAUUCUUCACCAAACUACAAUUCCACAUACUCCACAACAAAAUGGGUCAACUGUUUUACACAAUAUCUCUCCAUUUGAAAAAUUACAUGGUACUGUUCCUACUUAUGACCACUUGAAAUCCUUUGGCUGUUUUUGUUAUGGCGCCUGCCCUAGACCUGGUAGAGAUAAAUUUCAGUCCAGGUCCAUUUCUGCUGGUGUGGUUUUUCAUGAGCACAUAUUCCCUUACCAUUCUUCUUCUUCCCCUACUUUUCCUCCUCCACCUGAUUUUGUUGUCCUUCCUCCUCCUUCCAAUGUGCCCACUUGUUCACCUAUUACUGUUGAUUCUACUCUUUCCCCCACUCCCACCAAUUCUAUUGUUCCUUCUCCUCCUUUCCCCACCUCUUCUCAGUCUCCUUAUUCUUGCCCUCUAGUUCCUGAAAUUGGAAAGUCUAGCAGAACUGUUGUUCCUCCAGCUUACCUUAAAGAUUAUAUUUGCAAUUCUGUCAUCCCUUCUCCUGCUCCUUUAACAUCCAAGGUGUCUACUGUUGAUUUGCAUAUGCAUGAACCUCAAUUUUAUCAACAAGCUGUCUCUAAUCCUAUAAAACAGAAGUCCGAUGGAACUAUUGAAAGAUAUAAAGCCAGAUUAGUGAUUAGGGGAGACACUCAGAAAGAAGGUAUAGACUAUAUUGAGACUUUCUCACCUGUUGUCAAACUUACCACUAUUAGAUGCUUACUUACUUUGGCUAUUAAGAGAGGCUGGACUGUUUUCCAAUUGGAUGCUAAUAAUGCAUUUUUGCAUGGUGAUCUACAUGAGGAGGUUUACAUGAAGAUACAUCCUGGUCUUGUAGUUUCUGCAUCUUCCUCUUCCUCUCCCUUGGUUUGCAAACUCAAAAAAUCACUUUAUGGACUCAAGCAAACAUCCAGACAAUGGUUUGCAAAAUUGUCUGAGUCUUUGCUCUCCAGAGGUUAUACUUCCAGUAAAAAUGACUAUUCUCUCUUCACUAAGUCCUCUGGUUCCUCCUUGGUGGUGAUUGCUGUCUAUGUGGAUGAUAUUUUAUUAGCUGGUGAUGAUGUGGGUGAAUUGAAUUCUCUGAAGUCUUUGCUGGAUGAUACUUUCAAGAUAAAGGAUCUUGGGAAUGUUCAUUACUUCCUGGGUUUAGAGAUUACUCCUCAUCCACAAGGCUAUCUUAUGUGCCAAUAG